AUGGAGCGCGGGGCUGUGAGGGACAUGGCGGCCAGGCUGGGGCUGAGGGGAGCCGCCCUGCUGGGGAAAGCCGAGGAGUAUCUGCGGCUGUCCCAGGUGAAGUGCACGGGGUUAAUGGCUCAAAUGACGGCGACCAGCAGCGCUGUGAUGUGCCUGGACCUGGCGGCGAGUUUCAUGAAACAACCGAUUGACAAAAGCUACUGUGUUAAACUCUCCGGGUUGAACAAGAACACCUACCAGAACUCCAUGAAGUCCUUGGAGUGUUUGCUGGAGGUGAACCCCAGGCUGGGAAUGCGAGACUUGGCUGUGCAGUUUUGCUGCACAGAGGCAGUGAACAUGGCUGCAGAAAUACUACAGAGGUAUGAAUCCAGCCUUUCUGAAGCGCAGAGGAUGGACCUUGAUUUCUCAAAACCACUUUUUUUAACAGCUUCACUAUUCACUGCAUGCAGGUGUUUGAAGCUAAAAGUGGACAAAACUAAAAUGGUGGCCACAUCUGGAGUGAAAAGAGCAAUAUUUGACCGGCUGUGCAAUCAGCUGGAGAAGAUAGGCCAGCAACUCAGAAAAGAUGAUGUUCCACUGGCUGAAGAGACACCUGAAAGCCUGCAGACCUGCCUGGAGCACUGUGAGCAGGAAGAUGGAUCUGAAGAUGAUGAGGAGAUGCCACAUAAACGGCCCAAGACUGAAACAAAGCAGGACUAUGAAGAAUGGAAAAAGAAAAUCCUGGAAAACGCUGCUAAGGCACAAGAGACAAAUAGUGCUGCCUCUGUAAUGCCACCCAGUAAUGCAACUGCUGCUUGCUCUUAAUCCUAACUAUCCCUCUGCUCUACCAGUACUUCAGUAGCAUGACUGAUGGCUGCCUCAUAGCCAGCUGAUUUUGUUUAGUUUUUAAGCAUUGAAGAAUGUUAUUUUUAAUAAAAUGACACCAGGAUUGAGGUGAUUUUACAGGAAGCCUGUCUUGACUACUCACCAAGCUGGUACCUGAGCAGCUUUGGCAUUAAGGGGGUAAAAUAACUUCAUUCUCUUGCUGCAAGAAGCAAGGAACAUUCUAAUGCUACUUUAAAUGUAAAUAAGAUAAAAGCUCCAGGCCCCUGAGCCCCUGGCUGGAAGCAGUCAGUGAAAUAAGAGAGAGGGGACCAAAGUUAAUCUGCAAAGCCAGCAGAGAAAUUAAGACUUUUUUUUUUAAAAUUGCUUUUAUAUUUUUUACUGUUGAAGAAAUACUGUUUAGUAACUGAUUUUGACUUAUUUUCAUGUGUAUAGGAAUGAAGUCUCUUGUGCUUUUAUAGGAGGUCCCAAAUAUUCCAAGAAACAAUAAAAGCGGUGGAAGGAAAA